UGCCGCCCCUGCGCUUUGUGCGCACGCGCGGAGCCUGAGGCGCGCUGCGGGGCCGCGCCCGCUGUGCGCCGCUCAAAUGCGUCCGGGCGCCCAUGACGGGCCCAAGGGCAGCCGGGGCGGCGCCCGGCGGAGAGGCCUUCGCCUACCGUAACGGUGCCGCAGCUGUGAGGCGAGGCGUCGAGGAGAGCAUGGGGCCGGUGCAGCCGGAGGUCAGCAUCAGCGCGGAGAGCCCCCGGGGCGGUGAGAGGAACGAGGUCAACGCCGUGCUGGCGGGGGCUGAGCGCGGCCCUCCCGGUACCUGGAGGCAGAAGUGCAAGGCCUACGUGCUGGCGCUGAGGCCCUGGAGCUUCAGUGCUUCCCUCACGCCUGUGGCCCUCGGUAGCGCGCUGGCGUACCGGGCUGAGGGAGCGCUGGAUCCGCGGCUGCUCCUGGGAAGCGCCGUGACCGUCCUGGCCGUGCAUGGAGCUGGCAACUUGGUGAACACCUACUAUGACUUCUCCAAAGGCAUCGAUCACAAGAAGAGUGAUGACAGGACUUUGGUGGACCAGAUUUUGGAGCCGCAGGAUGUAGUCCGGUUCGGGGUCUUUCUUUACACCGUGGGCUGUAUCUGUGCUGCGGGGCUCUAUGCUGUCUCAACGCUGAAGCUGGAGCACCUGGCCCUGAUUUACUUCGGGGGACUUUCCAGUUCCUUCCUUUACACUGGAGGAAUUGGAUUUAAAUAUGUUGCACUUGGAGACGUGGUGAUCCUGAUCACCUUUGGGCCCCUGGCCGUCAUGUUUGCCCAUGCUGUGCAGGUUGGUUAUCUGUCUGUCUCGCCACUACUCUACGCUGUCCCACUAGCGCUCAGCACUGAGGCCAUCCUGCACAGCAACAACACCCGAGAUAUGGAAUCUGACCGGCAGGCGGGUAUUGUCACCUUGGCUAUCCUCAUCGGCCCUACGUUCUCCUAUAUUCUCUACACCAUGCUGCUCUUCUUACCCUACCUGAUUUUCUGUGUGUUGGCCACACGCUACACCAUCAGCAUGGCCUUGCCGCUACUCACCAUCCCGAUGGCAUUCUCACUGGAGAGGCAAUUUCGGAGUCAAAGCUUCAACAAAAUUCCUCAGCGGACAGCCAAGCUCAAUCUCCUUUUGGGGCUUUUCUAUGUUUUUGGUAUCACACUAGCACCGCCUGGUGCCCUGCCCAAACUGUAACAGAGCUGUGGAGUCAGGCCUCACAAUGCAGUAUUAAUGCCAAUUAACAGGGGAUGAUGCAGGUAGCUGACCUGUUAUGGACAGUGGGAAGAACAGAGACUGUUUUGAGCUGUUGAUUGUACGUGACUUCCAUCACUUCUGGUCUUGGUUAGCUUGUACAAAAGACUUUAGAGAAGCCCCCUGUCAGUUCCUUGGAAGGGGGGAACUGCACGGCUCUGCUUCGGGAGUAGCAAUGUGACCUGAGGACAAAAAAGAGUUUAAAGAAGGCCACCCUUCUGCCACUGGACGUUGAGUGUUUUUUUUUCUGUUAAUGAAGUAAGAUUGAGUCUCAUGUAAACUGUCCUUUCCUUUCGCAAGCGUGGCGAUUGCCGUUAUCACUCCGUACCAUGGUCAAGGAGUCCAGUGGCUCCUGCGUGGUAAACAGAAAACACUGCCAAAUGUUUGUUUAGCAUCAUAAUGAUGUAGGUGCUAUUACUUCACUCCUAUGUGAGCGUAAUUCAUCUUCAUCAGUUGUAUGUUUUAAUUUUUGCUGUUUUUCAUUUCCUAGCCAAAUUUUGAGGUUUUUCUUUCCAAGCCCCUUGAAAAGUACUAGAUACCGAUUCAUUCACUGUCUCUGCUUGGUUCUUACAGCCUAGAAAAUUCAAAAUUACGCAUUUCUGUGGUGUGUUGGUGCUAAAAUGGAGCACAACUAGUCCACUGCACAAGCUUUAAGCCAAAACCAGUAAAUUUAUAUUCUGCCAUAAAAGCUAAACCUGUAAAUGCAAACCAUGCAACUGAAUAGCCCUCAGUGUGCAGAAAAACAGGCAGUUUCCAUUUCUGUAUUUGCUUAGAAUUAACUGAAAGGACAACCUUCUGUUCAAGGGGAGCUGAUGGACAGGGUGCCAAAAUUCUGAUUGGACAGGGAUUAAUGGAGUGGGAGAACAGAUUAAAAAAUGUAUCUUUUUGAUGGCCAUUCUCUCCUUAGUCAGAGGCCUGUAGUAUUAUAAUCAAAUGUCCUAACGCAAGACCUAGAAGAAGCCCAUGUGGUAGCAAAGGAGAAAGAUACAGGGUUUGUGAAACUUACUUCAUUGGCUCUGCAUACAAAUUAGAACUGGGAACAGGAAGAACUCAUCUUUGGUAGCAGACUUUUUCUAAGGGAGUCCAGUUUUUGCAUGACUGAAUCACAUUUAAAUAUUAAGAUCUUUGAAGUGAGGUUCCCCACCUCCUUUCCUCCACCUGCACCUCAGUGUUUUAUUUCCUUCUGCAGCUGUCACCCAUUGAUACUUAUUUGGACAUUUGGAGAACUGAUUGUUUCAAUAAAUAUGGAGCAGUACAAAAAAACAAACCAUGCCAAACACAACUGGGAAAAAUCCAGUGACUUUCAGUGCAAAGAUAAAUUUGUUCCAUUCUGUGUUACUUAGUGGCAACUGAAUUCUCUCCUGUGUUGAAGGAGAAGUCUUUAUUUCCUGCAUGUAGGGUUCUGGUGAGACGUGUGUUUACAGGAGUUGUGAAGAGCUUCACAGGAGCUGAUACUGGUGUUGCACUAGCGCUGUUAGUGCCUGGAGCACAGCUUUGCUUUUGAACCAAGUAGGAGUGUGCUAACCACCCUAUCAAGGGCUGUUAAACAUGAGCAAUAAACUUAGCAUCCUCCAUCUGUCCUAGGUAAGUUACACAUCUGAGAGUACUGAAUAUUGUGGUAGGGCAGUGUGCUGCUAGUGGUGAAGCUGAGUUAAUGACGCCAAGUUACAUAGUAUUGAUGGUUAAAUGACUUUAUGGCUAUGUGCUAUCCAGCUGUUGAUCUCCUCCUUUAUAGCUGAGCUGUAGACGAUGAGGAGCAUUCCUUGCCCACAAGUUUUUACAAGCUACAGGUUUGUUUUUUUAAUAAAAUUGGGCAAGUGAUUUUUCUAAUCUGACUAGGCCCAAGAUGAGAAAAGAUGGGCUUCAGCAACUGUCUGCUGCUUCCUACAGCAAAACACUUGUUCAGAUUAGAAACAUCAGAAAAAGCAAAACUUCAGCUCAGGUAGAUGUAAGCAGAUAUCCAGAAGCUUUUGGAAACUUCUUUGAAUACAGACAUACACAACACUACAUCUACUCUUGUUUUUUUGUUCUUGUGUACCUACAUAAUAAAGAAGAGCCUGGCUCUGAGACCCACUUCACAUUUUGCACAGUAAAAGCAUUUCUAGAGAUGUGGACUGAGCCUGUGAAUCUGUUAAUCUUAAACUCAUAGAUAGAUGGGUUUAUUAAAUUAAUCUCAGCAUGGCUUUGUUGUUACCCUUUGUAGCAGUUGUGUGCUUUAUUUUAUGAUAGUUUGUUUUUAUAUAGCUAUCAGUUUAACAGAAAAGUUGUGUUUUUCCUAUGCAAGUAGAGUAUUUGAGCUAAAUUCAUUAAAUUAACUAAGACAUGGGUCAUAUGUCUGAUAACUGUGAUUGAACUGGUGGAGAGAAAGAUCUAGAAAAUGAUUGUUGUUGGAGUAAUAUGUGCAACUGUAGUUGUGUCUAGGCUGUGCAGGGUGUCUGUGCUGCUGGAGGACCAGUGCUGCUUGUUACAGAGAUGAAGGAAGAGCUCACUAGCGUGUGUGUGUUUAUAGAACACUUUUCAGGGAGGGGAGUUUCAGAGCAAUUUAGUAGUAAGAAGGAGACUAAAAUCAGUCUAAAAUGCUUUUGCUUCCUAGCAUGUGCUGGUUGCCUACAAUUCCCUGUCUGUGAAGGUGUCGUUCCAGGUUCUUGGGGAUACUGAUAAUACAUCACACUUUCUUCACCAUGCCUUUGAGGAAGUCAUUUCACUUUGUGUACCAGAAAACAACUAAUUUUUGCCUACCUCACAAGGGAUGCUGAGCCGACAUCACUGUCAUAGCUUUGAAAGCAAAAAGUGCUUUAUCUCUGUGCUUUCCAAAAGUAUUAUUUGCUAAUACUAGGAAGAGGUUUGGGUAUGAACUAACCUAACAGGUGACUUAACUGAUGUAAGUAGACCAAAAUAAUCUCCACACAGACAUUGAGUAGUAAGAGAGGCUCCUUUACUGGUUUCUUUUGUGAUCAGGAUGCUGGCUCUCUUUCCAAAUCUUUCUCCUCCCUGUCCCAUGCUACCUUCCCUGAAUAUAAACCUUUUAAAUUUCUUACAGGUCUCUCUUGAUGAGCUGUGUUGGGAUGUGAUGCAUCUACACUGGUAGAUGAGCAGAUCUGGGGCCCACCUGUAAAUGUGUCCUAAAGCACCUUCUGGCCUUUCUUCUUAUCCAAUAGAACGUCUGAAUGUUACUGUUAACUAUGCUGUGUUAAAUUAUAUUAUUCUGGUUUUGCACAUAUAUUAGUGAAUUCUCCUGGAACGAGGAGGGUCUUUGUCUGCAGUGGUUGUAGUUUAAGUACAUGAAAGCUCAUACCCUUUUUGUGUGGAAGAAUCCUUUUAUGAAUCACAGUCCUGUCCUUUCAUAUCAUCGGGUACAAAGUUCAGUAGCAGUGAUCACCGUACAUUAAUGGCAGACAUCAGAGUAGUGGAAAUGUUUUCAUCAACGAGCAGAAUUUCAUUUGAUGCAGUUCUCUGUACCACAUACUGUUCAGCAUUUGUAAGGCGGUUUCAGCUGAACUUUUAAUCUUUUUAAUAAAGAUGGACUUUUUCAUCCUCA